AUGAAGUUGCACUACAUCGGAAUCCUUCGCAAUGACAGCAAGCCCGCCGUCGAGCUGUGCAGCGAGAUGGAACUGUCGGCAUACUCGAGAUUUACUAGGGGUUGGUACACCACGGUGCGCGAGGGAGGGAGCUACGCUGAGUUCAUGACUCUGUUUUCUAAGAAGGUCGCAGAGUCGACACGCCCUGGCCAGAGGCAAGACAUCGAGGAGGGCGACAACACGUUCCACUGCGUGGGAAGAAGCGAGGGUAUCUGUGGCGUGUAA